AUGCGCAAUGUGGGGUAGGGAAAUUUCACAGGACAGACACACAUAGCCAUCAAAUCUCCCUACCCCUAUACUGCGCAUGCGCGGACACAAUCGACCGCGCGUGCGCAAUGUGGGGUAGGGAAAUUUAACAGGACAAAUGUAUACACUGCCCAUGCGCUGGAUUGGGUAGGAGGAGCUGAGUUUCAAAAAUCACUUGACCGUUAGCCUUUGCUGGAGCUUGUCUUAUUUGCAUUGGUGUUGGUUAAUUCUUUUUUGUGCUUACUAUAAGAUUGCUAUUCUAUAUAUUCUGCUACAUUUAACACCCUUUCACCAUCCUGUGGGUGCUGUUGUAGAAGGAUUACCAGGACACCAUUAAGGUAAGAAAAUACUUUUUUAUAUACCCCCCUCCCCCCACUUAUCCUCUGCCACUCUGAACUAUAUACCCCUCCCCACUUAUCCUCUGCCACUCUGAACUAUAUACCCCUCCACUUAUCCUCUGCCACUCUGAACUAUAUACCCCCCCCCCCACUUAUCCUCUGGUAGUCUGAACUAUAUACCCCCUCUGCCAACCUCUGCUAGUCUGAACUUUAUACCCCCAGACUCCAUGAAGGUAAGUAAUACCCCUAUCGUGAUGACUAUUUAAAAAAAAAUAAUAAUAAUUUUGUGUCCUUAUUGUCCACUCACAGGCUUGAUUUACUCUCUUGCCUAGCAGUGUCCUCUCUCAUCAGACUCCCUGACGGUGAGUAGUACCCAUAUGGUGUUGUGACUGUAAUAAGAGUUCAUAAUUGUGUCCUUAUAUUGUCUCCUUACAGGCUUCACAUUUCAUUCAGUCCCUCACCUCGCCUAUUGUGUCGUCUUAGACUUUUUAACGGUGAGUAAUUCCAAGUUCGUGGUGAUACAAUUAUAUUGCAUAAUUUGGUCCUUACUGUUCCCUUACAGGCACGACAUUUGAUCCACUCACUUGUCGAGCAGUGUCCAGUCUUAUAAGACUACCAGACGGUGAGUAAUACCCAUACUCUUGUUAACUUAUGUAAGACUUUAACAUUUUAUACUCAUAGGCUGUGCAGUAGAUUUACUCUGUUACACUGUAGUGUCCAUUGUUAGUGGAAUUUACACUAUGUUGUGGUCCAAAUGUUGGACCAAUUUUCCUUUCACUGUGAAAAGGCUAGUUUCAAAUUAUGGUUACAUAUGUUAAGUGGUUGUUAUGUAUGGCAUUUAGGGUAGUUUUUAGUGUGUGAGAUACAUUUGUAAAAUUAUGAUGUGUGUUCUAUUUUUAUAGAAAUGGAGACCAAGUACAACAACAUCGUCAAAUUCCUUGGUUUUGGUGAAUACCCACCCGGGUAUUCGAAGAUACAGAGGCAGACUUUCAGGAAGACCACUGCCAAAUUUACUUUAAAGGGUGAGUAUCAAAAAUACAAUCAAUCUUAGUUGUUUGUAAUUAAACGAACCCUUGAUUGUUUUCAUUUUCAUUACAGAAGGAGAGCUCUUCGUUGGAAGAAGAAGACUUGUUAAAAACGAAGAAGAAGCAAGGAGGAUCUUCGUAGAGUUUCAUGCAUCGCCCAUUGGAGGACAUACAGGCAUCAACAGGACGCGAUCGGCCAUCUCCUCGAGAUUCUUCUGGCAUGGAAUGGCCACUGAUAUUGAUAAAUGGGUACACAUUAAUUAUGUUUGUGUUUUGCUAUAUUAAUGAAAGCUUGUACACAGGUUAACAACUCAUUUCCUACAGAUCCAGGAAUGUGAUAAUUGCCAGAAGUCUGGAAAGCCGUUGACUGCUCCACAGACGUUACAAUGUAUUAAGGUAAAUAUCUACUAUAGUAUUGCAUAACAAAUGUUAUUACGUUGGUUUACUUAAAAAAUUUAAUAUUUUUUUUUUUUAAAUCACAUUAGGUAUCUGCUGUCUGGGAGCUUGUUGGGAUUGACCUAACAGGUCCCUUCACAGAGACAGUGGAUGGCUUUAAGUACAUAUUGACGGCUACGGAUUACUUUUCAAAGUGGGUGGAGGCUUUUCCUCUUAAAUCAAAAUGUGCUGCUGAGGUGGGACGCCAUAUUUGCUCCAUGGUCUAUCGACAUGGUUGUCCCAAGCGUAUACUUUCAGACCAGGGUAAAGAAUUCGUCAAUCAAGUAUGUGUACUUACAAUUUAACAUUGUUGUUAAUAAUAUUUAUUUUGUAAUAUGUGUUGGCUUAUAAAAAAAUUAUGUUAUUACUAUUUUAUUUUUUUUCUUUCAAGCUCAACGACCACAUGUACAGUCUUCUUGGAAUCGAAAGAAGCGUGACAGCGGCAUAUCACCCACAGACCAACGGCCUUGAUGAAAAGACAAAUCAUAACAUCAAAAGGCAAGUUUAA